AUGUCCGAGAUCAGUCUUGCGGAAACUAUCAGUGGGAUCAGCGUCAAGGACGAAUGGGGGCCGUCACUUACCACCACGACCACUCUCGAUGGCAUCCCCUACGCCCCAUACUCCAAGAGUGAUAAACUAGGUCGCAUGGCCGACUGGACACAAGAAGGCAAAGAAGGUCGAGACCGAGGCGGCAGACAAUAUGGCAGGAAUUACAGGGACCAACAAAUUUAUGGCGCAGGCACAUCGUCCCUUUUCGCGGUGCAAACUGCUGAAGACGAAGCCACCUUCUCCGUCGUCGAUAACACAAGAACAACCUCAAAGGGCCGUGGUUUUGGUAGGGGCGGGGUGACAGUCUUCCGUGGCCGCGGUCAGCGAGGAGCCGCUCAACGUGGCGCAAGAGGAGCAUUCCAAAGAGUUGGACAAGGUCGUCAGGGGGGUCAACAGCAAGGACAAUUCUUCGACCAGAGAGGUGGCCGAGGCGGUCGAGGUCGUCGAUUCGGGUGGCGGGACUACGAUAAGCCGCAACGGAAUCGCGAUUCUUCGGUCAACAUCCGACCCGACUGGAUCAUGAAGGAGGAGAUCGACUUUAACAGACUCGCUAAACUCAACCUGGAGACUUCAGACGGGGAAGACAUCGACAGCUACGGAUUCCUCUACUACUAUGACCGGUCUUAUGACAAGGCUCCCGUGAAGAACACCGAACGCAAACUCCUUUCCCUGGAACGAGCCGCCUACAAUGUUACCACGUCGGCCGACCCGGUGAUCCAAGAACUGGCCGAGAAGGACGAGGCCACCAUCUUCGCCACCUCAGAUAUCCUCUCCAUGCUGAUGUGCGCGACUCGAUCCGUGUACAGCUGGGACAUUGUGAUUCUAAAACACGGUGACAAGAUCUUCCUGGACAAGCGGCCCGACAGUUCCAUCGACCUGGUCACCGUCAACGAAAAUGCCGCCGACGCCCCUCUGGAAGCAGACACCUCGACCACGCCGUCCCAGCAACAAACCGGUGUCAAACCGGACAGUAUCAACACCCCUUCCAACCUGGCCGUGGAAGCCACAAUGAUCAACCACAACUUCGCCUUCCAGACCGUGAUCGAGAACCCUAACAGCAAGGUCGAGUUCCCUCAUCCCAACCCAUUCUACAGCGCCUCUGAGGAAACCGACCCGCUCGCCUCGAAGGCCUACAAGUACCGCCGCUUUGACCUCUCGCUGGAGCGUGACGAAGAGCCCCUGAACCUGAUCGUGCGCACGGAGCUCGACGCCGCCAUCAAGAACAACAUCUCCGGGGAGGACCAGUUCCUCACCCUGAAGGCGCUCAACGAAUUCGACCACAAGGCCCAAGGCAGCGGCGGCGCGUUGGACUGGCGCACCAAGCUCACCUCGCAGCGGGGUGCCGUGGUUGCCACGGAGAUGAAGAACAACAGCUGCAAGCUGGCCCGGUGGACGACCCAGGCCAUCCUCGCUAGGGCGGACCAGAUGAAGCUGGGGUUCGUGUCGCGAGCGAACCCGAAGAGCGCGGCGAACCACGUCAUCCUGGGCGUGGUCGGGUACAAGCCGCGUGAAUUCGCCUCCCAGAUGAACCUGGGCUUCUCCAACGGAUGGGGCAUCGUCCGCACCAUUGUCGACCUCGUCCGGAGCAUGUCCGACGCCGCCGACGAGGAGGAAGCGGACAACGACAACAACAACAAGGAAGAAGCCACCGCCGCUCCCGCAAAGGACAGGAAAUACGUCCUGGUCAAGGAUCCCAAUAAGCCGGUCAUCAGGCUGUACGAGGUGCCCCUGCACACGUUUGAGGAUGACGACGACGGGAUGAUUGGUACAGUCGGCGAGACGGACGGCGCCGGCGAGGAAGCUGAGGAGUAA